CCCCCCCCCAACCCCCCGGAGCGAAAAGAAAAAUAACAAUCCGAGCGUAGCGAAACCCUAGGCAGCGCAGCAGAGGAACCGAUCCCCGGCGAUGGCGGCGGCGAUGGAGGAGCUGACCCGCAGCGGGUUGGCGGGGAUGGAUUUCUCCAUCUUCCGCGGGGAGUCCGAGGCCGAGGGCGAGCGGGGUGCCGGGGGGAACCAUGAGUGUAUCAACAUCAGGCCUCCAUCCCCAUCCCCAUGCGCCAACGAGGAGCAGCCGCCGCCGGAGAAGAUGGAGCAGGAGGAGGAGGAGGGGGAGGGGGAGAAGAAGGAGGAGUGGGUCUACAGGGAGGAGGAUCGGAUCACCAGGUACCGCGGGCUGUGGGAGAGCCGCUUCGCCGGCAAAUACGGCUCCUUCGACGACCAGACAACUCUUGGUCCCAUGCGCUUUACAUUCGGACCCAUCCCGAGCUACGCCAGACCUCAUUGUACCAUCCAGAUCUUCGGCAUCCGGGUGGCCAACCUGGAAGACGGUCUCCAGUGGCCGCUGCAUGUCCACGGCUUUGUCGCCGCGAGGGACACCUCGGAUCACAAUCGCAACUUCCUCUUCAACCGCACCAGUGAUAACUGCCAGGUCCUCACCCGACAGGAUCCAUACCUACUGCUGACAGGCCCGUCGCGCGCGAUCGUGAUCAUUGACCCGAUCACGAUUGAGUUCCAGCUGAAGGUGAAGAGCAAGACGGACCCCGAAGAGGACGAGAUGCUGGCCUUCGGGAUCUUCAACUACCCCCAGACCUACCUUGCCACACAUGUGAUCCGCUCUGGUAUCCUCUGCGACCGGUGCACGAUCCAGCUUGCCUACGCGCCGCUGGACCCCUCGGGCGAGGCGACCGUCAUCCAUGUCCGGAUCAUCGACGGUGUGUGGCCAGAGGGUCUCCGUGGGCGCGUCGUCGCCGAGGUCACAACCGUGCGGGAAGGAGAGGUGCUGCUGCUCGACUCCCGGGACGGGAAGAUGCCGAUCAGCCCUUCAACCGGCGCGGUCGAGCUCUCGAGGCACGUCGUGUCGGUGGACCUCGAGGGGGGGAAGCUGGUUGUCUCCGUGGUGGCGUCCCCUCAGACCGCUGGCAAAGAAGACGGUGAUGAUGGUGGUGGCGCUGCCGUCGUUGUUGCGCGAGGCGAGGCCGUGUUCACGCCAGAGAGGGCCGGCACGAGCAAUGGCACCUGCGAUCUUGGCUUCUGCAAGGUGGAGGUUGCUGUUGCAUGGUCCCUUGUUUCGAGCUUGUGGAAUGAGUGGCGCGCCCUCGCGAAACUCGCGAAGGAGAGGGCAUGAAUGAGUGUUCUUUGUGUUCCUGUGUAGUGAUCAGCUCAGGCGAGCACUGGAACCGAGGUUCUUCUAUGUCUGUUUAGCCUUGUUUGAGAGUUGAUCUAGUCUGCUAGUUUAUUCAGUCUACUUAAUUACUAUAUUUUGUGACUGGUGAAGUGCUUCUCCGUAUGACCGCCUCUUUUUUUCA